AUGACGGACGACAAUGAAAAGAUCGCGGUCGACCCCGACUUCUAUUCUAUGGCCGCCGGCUGGGGCACAGAUCCGCAGGAUUUCCAGUCAGAGACCACGUCGAUCGCGUCUACGAUCGCAAGGGGCCGUUUAGAAAAUGGUCGCAGGUACCAGGCCAUUAAGGAGGAUGACUACUGGGGUCCGUCCGACGAGCAGCAAUUCGAGGCUUUUGAGAUUGGUCACAUGUUGUUUCUCGUCAUAGAUCACAAUGAGGAGAAUCCCCUUUUCCGUUCUCCUAUUGGCAAUUCCCCCAAGAAUAUUUUGGAUAUUGGAACUGGUCAAGGAAGCUGGGCAAUUGACGUUGCCGAUCUCUAUCCGUCAGCUACCAUCCGCGGUGUGGAUAUUUUCCCUCCGCCCGUCACAUGGAUGCCCCCGAACUGUGUUUUCGAGGUGGACGAUGUGCUGCGCGAAUGGACCUGGAGAGAGCCAUUUGACUUUAUCCAUCUGCGCAUGAUGUACGGCGCAUUCCCUCCUGAGGGAUGGGACAAGGUAUACAAGCAGGCCUACGACGCCCUCGAACCCGGCGGCUGGAUCGAGCAAAUGGAACUCGACGUGCGCGUCUACAGCGACGACGGAACGCUCAAGAAAGAACACCAACUUUACGGCUGGGGCGACAUGUUCAUCAGAUGCUCCGAGCGCGCCGGCCGCUCCCUCAGAACCCACGAGACCAUGCGCGGCGCCAUCGAAAAGGCCGGAUUCAUCGACGUUCAUGAGGAAAAGUACAAGAUCCCCCUGGGCCCUUGGGCCAAGGACAAGCUGCUGAAGGAGGCCGGUCACCUUCAGUUUGCCCAUUGGAAUACCGCGCUGGAGGGCUGGGCCAUGUGGCUUCUUACUCACUUUGGUGAGCCGGAGCCUUGGACGAAGGAGGAGGUGCAGGUGUUUUUGAGUAAGGUGCGCGCGGAGUUGAAGGACCCGCACAUUCACGCUUAUGAGCCUGCGAACCGUGUGUGGGCAAGGAAGCCUACCAAGGAGGAAGAGAAAGCGAGAAACGCCAAGGAAGCCGCGGCCCGGGUCAAGAUCGAACCUUCGCCGUAA